AUGGGAAAAUCUUUUUUUAUAUUCUAUAUAAUACUAUAUAAUUAUCUCACUUAUUUGCAGACAUAAAAAUGGCGCUGACAGACCUCCUGACCCUAUCUCUUCAGAAUCAACUGGCAACAGCCAGUGUGAAGGAAAAAGGCAAAAAGAGGCUGGAAAAUCUUUGUGUACAUUGGGCUAGAUUUUUCUCAGGUCACAGGGAGUUAAUCACUGGGACUUAAGUUUUUACCUCAAAACCAAAUUGGAAAGGGCAAGACCAGUAGAAUGAUAAAUUAUCGAGCAGGGCCCAAGAGGUGAGAUUUACCCAACGAGAAACUGGGAGUUUCGACCAGUGGAGGUCCAUAGGUUGCAGGAGUCAUGGAAGCCAAGAUCGGUCAUGCCUGCGGCGGCAAGAAAGGUUGCAUGUCGGGGUUCCUCGGAGAGAUGAGUAUUUAGGGCGAAAAUUCCCAGCCCGAUCGAGGAAGAAGCUUAAUUACAUUAAAAUUGGCAUCUCACCUAUUUGAUAAAGAUUAAAUUAAUACAUUAGCUCCAAAAAGUAUAUUUUUAUAAAAUGAAUCGAUUAUCAGAGAUUGACGACGCCAUAAGGAAAAAGCUAACUUCUUCAUAUACAAAUUUCUCAUCAUCAAUAAGUGCUACCAAAAGAGCCAGGAUACUUAUGGAAGCUAAACCCCUGCUCAAUGCUCACAUUAAAUGUCGCGAAAUAUGAGAAGCUUUGCAAUUAGCAGAUUACAAAAAAGAAGGAGUCCUAAAUGAUGCAGCUUUACAAGUUCUUCUAGAAAAGCAAAGCAAAAAUUUAUAUGAUCUAUUGCAGGUAAAAACCUGAGAAGAUAUGAUAGAUUUGUUAGAUCAGGAUGAAGACGGCUUUAUUAAUGAAGAUGAACAAAUUUUGAUGUUUUCUAUCAUAAUACUUAUAAAUAUAAUUUAUAAUAGAUAUUUUUAAGCUAUUUAUUAUAAUUUUAAAUAAAACAUGGGAAAAUUAAUAAAAAUCAUAGAAAAUUUAUUAUAAGAAAGUAUAAAAGAGAGAAUGCAAAACUGUGCUAACGAAUUGUGUGAAAUACACGAAUACAACUUUUUCAAAGAGCUAAUGAAAACCAUUAGAAUCAUAGAAACUGAUAUUAUUAAAUAUUACAAAUAAAAUGGCUUUUGCUCUUUACUAAUUCUCUUUCCCUAAUGGAAUUUUAUAUAUGGGUUUAGUUUUAUCUUGGGGACUUCUGCACAGCACAGCGGUUUAAACUUUGGGGACAUAUAGAGGAGCUGCUCUAUAGUGCAACCAAAAGGCCCAGAGUUUCAAAACUCAGCACAUCAAAGGAGGAUGAACUUAGGCGAAACACACUCAGGAGCUGAGUAAGGCAAAGGCGACAGCAUCGAGUCCGGGUGGCAAGCGCUUACCAAGAUGUCAGGCUGCUUAUUUGGUAUGGUUCAACCUUUUUGGAUCGGAAAUGCUCGCAAUGUCCCAUUUUGGCUCUGUCCCUUAAAGACUUUAAUUAAUGCAAUGCAUAUUAUUAAAUAUCAAAGAGUUCUCCGCCAAAGAACUCACAUCAAAGAAAUGGGCAUUUACCAGCAAAUCGGCCUGGAGCGUAAAGAAGAAUUUGAAGAUCAAUGAGAAUCAAAAUUCCAAGAAUGCGAAGCAGAAUGUGAAAAAAGAGUCCAAGAAAUGAAAAACAAGCACGAAAAAGAAAUGGAGCAGCUUAACCAAGAAAUUUUUGAAAGCCUCGACGUUUUAAAAUUCAAACCAAAAAUGCUUAUGAAAGAAUUACAAUAUCGAGAACAAAUAGUCGCAGUAAAUGAAAGAUAUGGCGAAGCCCAAGUAAUCAGAAAUGAGCUAAAAUCCUUUGAGACUGCUGAAAUUAACAGAGUAGAAAAUCUUAUCCUAAACGAACAAGAAAAAAAGCGGAAAAAAUUGCUGGUUCUCCAGAAAAGAGAAAUGGAACAUUUAUUAAUGAAAAACUCAGAAGCAGUGAACCAGCUGAAAAUUAAAAAACAAAAAGACUUAUCCAGACUGGAAAAAGAAAUAAAACUGCAUUUUCACGAUAUUAAAAAAAAUCAAAACCAAGCAAGUCGCAUUGCUGAAAAAAUAGGAUCAUAUAGAGAUGAAUUAAGAAGGACUAAAUUUAAGUCAAAUAAAAUGAAGCAGCUGAAAAAGGCGAGGGAUCUGAAAACAAGGAAAAAAACAGCUAGGUCUUUAGCUGCGUCGUGGUCUUUGCCUAUGAUUUUACCUAACACGAAAUCUACUGUAAAAAAUAUCCUUGGGAGCACGCUAAGUAAGGAUCCCCCCCUCAUUUGUCCAAUUUUCUAGUCAAAAUUUUGAUAGAAAAAAAAAAAAUUUCAGGACCUCAAUUGUCUCAUUUUCUAGUUUUUUUACAGUAAAAAACUAAAAUUUAGGACAUUUGAAAAAUCCAAAAAUGACUAGAAAAUGGACAAAUCAUUUUUGACUAGAUUUUUUGGGACAAAUGAGGUCCUGAAAAAAAAAAUUUCUCAGAAAAAAAAACUAGAAAAUUGGACAAAUGAGGGGGGAUCCUUAUGUCUGUAGGAUUUAAAUCAAUUAGUCCUUUAAAAGUUGACUUAACCAGUCUGACGAAAUUUAAUAUAAAAAGUGACCCUGUGGCGACCGAAAGGCCUGUCAAUAUAACUCCAGAUUUUAUGAACUCGACUUCUUUUGCAAGCAAAACAGGGAAACUUUUACAGUCAAAAAAGCAGACAAAUACGCUGCCACUGCUGAGUGCGCAUUAUAGUGAUUCACUUGAAAGACUCUCUGAAUAA